UGCAGACCAACAUUCCAGGAGUUUUCGCUGCAGGCGACGCAGUGGUCUUUCCUUUGGCACUGAGGAACCACAAGAAGACCAACGUUCCACACUGGCAGAUGGCUCACAUGCACGGGCGCAUAGCAGCACUGAACAUGCUGGCCUAUGGGACCGAAAUCAACACCGUCCCUUACCUGUGGACUGCCAUGUUUGGCAAAAGUAUUCGCUAUGCAGGUCAUGGAGAAGGAUUUGAUGAUGUGAUUAUUCGGGGAGACCUAGACGAACUUAAAUUUGUAGCCUUUUACACUAAGAGUGAAGAGGUGCUGGCCGUGGCCAGCAUGAACUAUGACCCCCUGGUCUCCAAAGUGGCUGACGUCAUGGGCUCUGGCAGAGCCAUCCGCAAGCGAGACGUGGAAACUGGAGACAUGUCCUGGCUGGCGGGGAAAGGCUCCUAAGAGCUUGGAAUCCUUUUGAGCUU